AUGCCUAGCGCGGAGCUUGAACACGCGGGGAUAGGGGAGCUGCGCGCGCAUGAAGGGGUGGCUGAAGAGCCAGGAGGGGACGCGGGAGCCGCGGAAACGUCACUUGCAGAAGCAGGGGAUGCGGAAAUGGUCGGAUCUGGAGCAGGAAGGAGUGUGGCCGAGGGGCAAAGGGCGGACGAGGCGCGUUUAGCAGCAGAGGAACGGGGAGAGAGGGGAGUGAGAGAAGCAGAGAAGUUGGAUGGGAGGGAGAGGAGGGAGAUUGAGGGGUUGGGGGGUCUUAGUCCGAGCUCCUUCGCUUCUACCCCUGGUGUACAGUCACGCGGCGUACAGUCACAUCCCACGGACUCCCCCUCUCCUCAGCCCCGUAUUCCUCAUUCACACACUCACCCCUCGAUCCGCUCUUUUGCUCCCCCAGACUCUCCUUUUGGGGAAUCCCCAACUCCGUCCUCUGAACCGCUCGUGCCGCACUCACACCCGCACCCGUCGCAUCCCCCUUUCCUGCAGCCAGACUCGCCCUCCUCCCCCCAACCGCCCGUGCCACAUUCGCACACUCACCCGUCGCGCGCACACCCGUCGCGCGCACACCCCGAAUCCCUGCAGUCCCAAUCUCACCACCCCCAAUCCGUGCACUCUCAAUCCCUGCAGUCCCAAUCCCAUCACACCCAAGCCUCUCGUUCCCAGUCGUCUCAUUCACUACCAGAUGCCGCUGUUCCCACCUCCUCCCCCCCUCCUGAUACCGCCACUCCUAGAAGCCCCCCUUCCGUCUCCCCCGUCCCCCCAAGCCGCCACUCCACCCCUUCCUCUCGCCACCCCCGUUACAAUCCCUCUCUGGACCCCGCUCCCCCGCGCCCGCACUCCCCCGUUAUAGGAACGUUCUCCUGGGGCGCGACUUAUAGCGGGUUUCGCCCCCCAAUUGCGCCCUCUAGGUCCGCGCGCACCCCCCCGUCCGCGCUGGGGGGGGGAGAUGCGGGGAGAGGAGGAGAGGGGGGAAGAGGCGAGGGUAGAAGGUCAGGUUCUAAGGGAGCGGUUAGUCUGAGCGAUAGGAUCAGGGGGAAGAAAGAAGCAAGAAGAGGGGGAGGAGCAGGAGAUAGGGACCCGGCAGGUGAAGGGGAUGAGGAAAUUGAAGGGGAAACCCGCGCACAAGCCCCGUAUUUAUCAAUUCCCGGGGAGGAUGACGAGGAGGGGAAUCCACCCUGGAAAUCAGGCGCGGCCGAACCUGAGCUCACGCCCCGGUCCAACUCCCUCCCAAACGCCUGCUCCCCGUUCUCCCUGCUCCUCCCUUCGGAUAUCAACAGCCCGAAAUGGGCCGGCAGAGGAACCGGCAGCGGCAGAGGGCUGGGGAGUGGGUUAGGAGGAGUUGGGAGCGGUAGCAGCAGGCAGAGCUGCCAAAGCCAGUCUAGAUACAGCCGGGGGCAGGGGCAAGCUCAGGGGGACGAACUUCUUGGGGUUGGGGAUAGCCCGGCCUGCUACAGCCCGGGCGGCAGCACCCGCCGCCCUGCUACAGCCGGGCCGCUGGGGGAAGCAGCAGAGUCUGCUACAGCCGGGGGGUCUGUAGCAGGGACGCCUGUGGCGGGUACCCCCACUGCCCGCACGCCCACGUUUGGGAGGAGGCUGAGGAGGCAGAGGGGGCCGUCUUUUGGCGGGUCUUCAGAGCUGCUGGGGCUUAUGGGGAAAGGGGCGAUCAAGGGGCUUGCUGCGGGUUUGAAGAGUGUGCAGAGGUGGAGAGAAGGGGGGAGUGGAACGGGGAGUGAUGUGGAGUGGGAGGGGGAGGGGGGGUGGGGUGGGGAGGGUUUUGAUUCGCCGAGAACGGGGGAGAGUGGAAAAGGGGGAGGGGGGGAGGGAGGAGAGGCGGGGACUGGUGGUGCUGCGGGUGCUCUUGCUGCUGGCGGUAGCGGGAGCAGCAGGUCAGGUAGGAGGUCCCUUCUGUCGAGCUUUCUAUCAGACUCAUCAGACAAAGACAAGGACAGGGAGAGGCCUGGGUCCGCGUCUAAGAGGAGUCGUCUCCGAAGCAGCAGCUUCGGCUCGUUACCCUCCCCCGGGGGUGCUGGUGCGGGCGCAGGCUCGGGUGGUGGUUCGGGUGCAGGUGGCGGUGCUUCGGGUGGUGGUGCUGCCGGUGGUGGUGUGAGCAGAAGCAGCUUUGGUUCUAGUUCCAACGGGGAGGAGGACGGGGAGGAUUCAGAAGACUUGGUACAGGAGGGAAAGCUAUGGGAGCAGCUAGAGGAGAAAUACCAGGAGCCUCUCUCUGCUGAAGCUGCUGCCGCUGCCGCUGCAGCAGCCGCCGCUUCUGCUGCCUCUCCUGGCGCUGCUGCUGGUGGUUUCGGUGGUGCUACCCCUAAUGCACCGUCCCCAAGUGGCGCCUCCCCCUCUCUCGCCAUGGCUCUCACCCGAAGCAUGUCUCUGUCCCGCAAUAAAGCCCUUUCCAGAGGUAUGUCUAUGGUUGCCAGUCGUAGCAGCAGCAGGGAGGCGGCGGAUGAAGGGGAGACGGGUAGCGGCAGUGGGG